UUUUAAAAAUACAUGCCUGUGAGAAUAGUGCACGGAAUUAAUCAGUAAAUCAUAUUUGAGUUUCAUUUCGGUUCAGUUGUAUCCAUUUCUUUUUGCAGGAAGUGUUGCGUCACAACUUGUUUUCUUUUGAAACUCUAACCGGAAGUACGGCGCUGCAUCGUAUCUGACUUGACGCUGGUACCUGUCAGAUGGUCUCCGGUUCUCUCCAGUGUCGCUGACAUGCCGGCUGCCGUCAGCCUCACGGGGCUCCGUCAGUCCGCUAGUCUUCUCCCGUGAAACGUCCGCACCGGCUCCCGGUUAGAAAUCAGCAUUUUUUUAAUCGUGACGUCGCUUUGGAGGACUGAACACCGGCACUUUGGGCUUUUUUCUGCCUCCGAUCUGGUGGGAUUUUAUUCUCUGCAGCGUCAGAAUGAACUGAGCUUAAGAAGCAGAAACAACGGGAGGACUGGAGCCUGCGGCGGGCUGAUAUAACGGCCAGAGUGACCUACAUACCGGCAGCUUAACGGACGCAUCUCUGCUGGAUGGAGACUCCAGAGAGAAGCUGUAACCUUGUGACAGCCAGAAGUGACCUUCAGUUUUAAUCUGCUGCUGCACAACUAUGUCCAACAAGACACGUGAAUGUGGCUGACGAGCAAAGGCUGCAUCCAUGCAAAAUAAGGGAACAACAGAGAUAAGCUUUCCGUUUGGCUGACCUUUGGAUGGGUUCAAAGAGGAAACCAGAAGGGAAAAAUUAACCUGAUGAGGCCUGCAGUCAAAGUCAGGAACUUGUAGAUGCCUUAUCAACUCAACAGACUGUCUGGUAAUGAUUAUGAAUUAUGCUGUGAUCAGAUAUAAAAUCAAGCAAUACAAACUGCUUCGCAAAGAAACAAACUCAGACCAAAUAGACGUUUCUGGCCGUUAAUCCAGCAGCAUUAUGAUUCUGAACUGUGCUCAGCAGUUACCUCUCCUGAGGCACACCGAUGUGCCACCUCGGGUCAUAGAGAACUUCAUCCUGACAGGCUACCGCUUCCCAAACUACAGCCUGAGGGACUGCUUGAUGUCCGCCUUCAGGCCCACCAACGAAACGGGGAACUUCUGGACUCACUUCCUUCCAGUUUUCGUCUUCUUCUACUACUUCGUGGAGGUGUUCGGUUGGGAAGGUGCGCCCGGCGGUGAAACCCCGUUCUUCUAUCCGUUGUGGAACUAUUUCAUCGGGGUGUUCUGUCUCCUGAUGGCCAGCAGCAUGGCCCACCUGCUCAACUCCAUGUCUCUGGUGGUCAGAGAAGUUUGCUUCUUUGUGGAUUACGGCACCAUCAGCGUCUACACGGUGGGCUCAUCGCUGGCGUACUACUACUACAUACAUCCUCGGGCAGGGAUACUGGAGACAAGAGGCCACAACAGCUCCCAUACGGACCUGAAACAGGAACCUUCAGGGACUCCUACGUCAUCCUAUGCAAUCCCAGAGUUCAGUGUGUUCUUUGAGAUCUUCUACAUCCCGUCUGCUUGUAUCGUAGCAAUAAUUUGCGUCCUGUCCUGCUGCAACACUCGCCAGAGGUGGAGGCGGCAUCGCUACAUCAUCCGUACGCUGGUGUUUCUCCUCCCGUUCCUCGUCUCUUCCACACCGGUCUUCUACCGCCUCCUCACCAGGUCACCUUAUUCCGCCGCCUCCUCCUCCUUUGAUGCUUCCACCUCCAUGCCCAGCUUCUUCUACCGCCACUGUCUCUGGCUACUGGUGUCGGCCGCCUUCAACAUCAGCAAGUUCCCCGAGCGUCUGGCCCCGGGUCGCUUCGACAUCUGGGGCCACAGCCACCAGUGGUUCCACUGCUGCACCUUCCUGUCCAUCCUCGACGAGCUCCACAUGAUCAAGGCGGAGGUGAGGGCCAUCCUGCUGAGCCCGACGCUGCUGCUGCCGCCCAACACCGUGGCCCGCCUGCCCGGACCUACCGCCGCCUCCACCUACGGGGUGAUGCUCCUCCUCCAGACCACCAUCGUCUCCAUCAUCAUGUGGUUCUCCUGGCAUGCCAACUGCAUCUACGGACCCCAGAGAGACCAGCUGGAGAAGGAACACCCCAAGAAACACCUGAAAUGCCACUGAUCACCGAUUUUUCUACCAUCUCAACUGUGAAGGAAGAUUUGCACAUGAGCCAUGCCACAAAGCAAAGCGCACAAAAUGAAAAAUAUUCCUCUGCUGAUUCCAAGUCCCUCGUACGUUCCGGCCCUCGUUGGGAGUGUUUUCAAGCUUUCAUGAGGGGAAAUUGGGGACAACGGGAGAUGAAAGGAUUAUAUUCUGAGCUCACCACAGGGUGGCUGUCUGCUUGAGUGGAUAUUGAAAGUCCUUGCCAGUUUUUUUCCCCGGCAUGUUCCAACAGGAUGUCGGAACGGUGGGGAUAAUCACUACCUCUCGGGGCUGUGCACUUGAGGACAGAGGAAAGGUGUAGGAGAACUCCAUACAACAUCAGUGGGACCAUGUCCAGAAGUUUCAGAUGAAUUAUCAGCUGUUAGAUCCUUUUAUCUCUUGCACCUCCCUUCCUCUGGCCCUCAGUAUCUUUUGAAUUCCCUCAGCUGUGGCUUCCAUUGAUCCCAUUGUGCUUCUGAGCUUCGUUCACCAAACCUGCACUUCCUUAAUCUUGCACCAAUAGCCACAUGCAGUCUCGCUUCCUCCUUCUUUCUAAGCGACCCUUGCAGCAGGAAGUGGUGCAACAACAGAAACAGCCCAGAACUCGUCUUGGUUUAACAGUAAAGCACUUUCAGAGGGGUCGGUUAAACUCCCCCCGCCAUUAAAAGCCAUGCUCACUUUCAGCACUUAAGGGAUGCAUAAUGUUUUAAAGCAUAUAAUGACUUCCUGCUGGGUUAUUUAGUGAAUGCUUCUGCUGUUUGUGUGGUUUGCUGAUGACUAGUUCUGCCUAGAUUAAGUUCACGCCGCUUAAAGGGAUUUCGCUCAAAUUAAAUGUGACGAUCUUAUGUUUGUCUUAUCAGUAUAAAUAAUGUACUGUAUAUUUCUGCUGCACAUAGGAAUGGCAUUUUCACAUCUUUUUGCUGUUUCGAUGCCCGUAUUGUGGGCGUAGAGGAAACAAAGGCAAUGAAACCAGGGCCUGCUGUAUUGCUGAUGCUUUUUACGUCAUGUGAUGUGCAGCAAAAAGCCAUAGGUUUGGAGAAGUGGUAGUUGAAUUAAUGGAAGAACUGUCGUUCUUCAGCAUCAGGCACUUGCUGGAAAUAUUUGCACUUUGACAGAUCAGGUUAAAAGUUCAUCUGGCAGUUUGUACCUCUCAAGUAAGACUAUUACAUUCGAGUCAGAGAUUUUAUCCUUUAAAAAAAAACAAAAUCUUCAGAGGCACAUUUAAGCACUAUUCUGUACUUUUUUCAGAUUCCAGUACAGUUUUUACAAGAGACUUUUAUUUUUGUGCCCAUAUGAUAAAAAUACAAUCUUUUGAGAAUUUUAGUUUGAAAUGGUCUACGAAACUUUUAGAAAAGUAUUGUUUUUCUGCAGCAUCGUCAUAGAUUGUAUGGACGAAGCCUCCACGUCGGAAAAGAUCUUUAUAAUGGCCAGCAGGGGGCGACUGUUUCUGUUGACAAAAAUAAGUGAGAUUGUAUAGAAGUGAAUAAGGAAAACGACCCGACUUGUCACUUAAAGCUGCUGUCCGGAGUUUGAAUCACAGCGUCUCCCAAAACACUGUUGGUCCCUCCCUCUGAUUUCGCCCCUUUAUUUGUGCACGUGUGCAGUACAUGAGAGAAGUGCCCGGAGUGCUGCAGCAUCUCGCCUGUUUUGCUGUUUUCCCCUCUUCUACGUUUAGUACAUUUAGUAAAUAAUAAAUGCUGUAUUGAGUCUAACUUGUCCCAAUACCAAAAUAACAUGAAUCUGCUAGGACGAACGAGUAAAGUUUCAAUAUGUGAUUGCACUCGUGUAUCCCUCUCGAUGACGUUGUUUAUCAAACUUAGUGCAUUUACGCGUGUAUAUGUGUUACAUUGUUUAUUUCUAUCUAGAGUUCAGAAUUGCAUGACUCCUCUGACGAAGAGUAUGUCCCAGACGCCCCAACAUCUUCCUCCAGAGGUCGGGCAUCUAAACGAAGCCGUCAGGCGGGCUAUGGAGGCCGUGGUCGGGGAGCGACGCGAGCACCCCGAGCCAAAAAACGUCCUGCAGUCUCUUGGCCUGACAAGCCGUGGGACUGGUAACUUUUCUGGAAGUUGCUGAGCCCUGAUGCUCUCUCCUCCACAAGCAAAACAAAUGUGUGCGCGGUUGCGUAGUGCGUAGCUCCCGCACCUCUGCAUGGGCUUGCUUGCUGUGCGCGUAACCGUUGAUUGACAGCAUGACAAAGCGGAAGCUCGAACUUGAUUGGCUGGCUGCCGACCAGUGCUUUUUGGAACACGGGGGUCUAUGAGAGGAAGGCGGAGCUCAUGAAUACAUUUUCAUAUCGCGUCAUACUAACAUAUUAUAGUAUCGAACUAGACUAACACAUUUAAGCUUUGUUAAACAAUGAUACAUAAAUUGAAAACAAACGAGAACUCCGGACACGAGCUUUAAAUUGCCAUCUCAUUGAACAGUUUCCUAAUGAGUUUAAUGUCUCAGUUUCACUUUUCCUUUAAUGUCGCAUGAUGUUCGUUGUCUAAAUGAUUUCUUCUUUUAGAGAAACAUGCCGAGAACUAAAAUGCAGUCCUCAAACCAAUUGGUGACGUCAUGGUGGCUACAUCCAUCUAUUAUAUACAGAAAUAUAGUGCGUUAAAUACAAUCAAACAAAGUAUAUAGCCUGAAAUGUCCUUUUUUAGAAAAUACGUCCCUAUUGGUAAUCGAAAAAACAAAAGACAUAACUUAGUAAAUGGGUCAAAUCUGCUUUUUAUGGUGCAAUAUCUUCUCGACCAUUUGGACAAAAGCAUUUAUUGGCCUGUUGUGUCUGAUGAUCAGGAAUUUAUUAUUUCAGAGGAACAAAUGCUCAACUCUGUCACUCGAAUGUAAUAGCGGUAAAACUGAAUUUACGAGACCGUAUAAAUGCUAACCGCACAGAAAAGAAGCUGCUUUUUCGGCUUUGGAUUGCAUGAACUGAAGUUUAGCGUUACUGCUAGCAACUAUUUCUGUGCUGUGUGGUCAUAUCCUGUUUCCUGUGGGAGUCUUUUGGUUUUAGCAUCCUGAUACCAAACCCAAACCUGAGUGUUGCUGCUUCAAACUCAGGACAGGUUUGGGUUUGGUUGGUGUAAGGAUCGUUUAGAGACGGAAGAAAGAGCCAGAGUGUUGCAUUAGGAAACAAGUAAUCGAUGAAUUAAGGUCAAGAUGUAGCCUUCUUGGCAUGUGUAGGAUGUCCUACAUGAAAAGAAAAGCAUGUAUAUUGGUGGAGACGUGAAUACAGGGGGUCCUCGGUUUACAACGUUGGAUUGAAAAUGGUGGAACUAGAUGACGAGCAGAGCGGAUGAAUACGUCGUUAUGCGGUGCUAUCAGACAGCUGUUUCCAUUCUCUGGUUGUACUCCACCUUGGAUUGUGCUACAUUCACUAACUUUUUGCCCUUCAUUACGGCUCCCAGAGUAAGUCAGACUCUUCUGAUGCUUGGAAGAAAAGGAAAGCCGUCUCCAUGGAAGUGAAAUUGGAUAAAAUGAAACAUUCACCGCAGGGUGAAACACCGAUCUGAUCGAUAUCAUGAUGCACGUAACAGCUUCGUUUGCGUUUUCACUGGAGUUCCGAUUUCAGGCGAUAAUCGACUUGCAUCACGCCGUAAGAACGGAACUCCUACGUAAGUCGAAGACCUCCUGUGAUGGGCAUUACGUGGUCCAUACAGUCCAUAGAAAUGUUAGUCUGACUCAACAGUUCUGUGGCGUUGCAUUUCUCUGGUUAGCUGAGGUUUCCACAGAGACUUUGUACCAAUGAAGGAGCAGAAAACAGGAUUUUCUGCUGAGUUUCUUUUGCACACUGACCGUGACUGUCAGCGUUUGGAUGGAGAUGUGUUUGAUAGGAUGUGUGUUUUCUCCGUCAUGUCCUGAUGUCGUCCAGUUGUUAGAGCUGGUUAAUGUGUUGACGACUUCCUGAUUAAUCGAUUAGUUGUUUCUGUAAAAAUGCCAGAAAAUUGUGAAAAAUGUCCAUCAGUGUUCUCGAAUGUCCAGUUUAGUGUCACAAAUCUGACUCAUUCCAGCUUCUUUUUCUUUACUCAAACCAAUUAAUCAAAUUUUGAUUAGUUUAAUAGUUGACGGCUAAUCGAUUAAUCGUGCAGCUCUACCUGUCCUACAGUCUUUCCCUUUAAACUUCAAGCUCUUACUUGUGUGUCACGUGCAUUUUGAUGGUAUAUCAAUGUUGGUCACUGUCUAAUUUUAGAAACAAUGUACUAAAUCCUGCACCUUUAGCUGCGUUCACUUGCACACAAGAAAAAAAAAGAUGAGUUGUUGGUUUUGUGCGACACUGGAAUGAGUAGAGAGGGACCACGCUGAGUGAUUGUGAUGAUCAUACCGUUUCUGGUGCACUUUAAAGCUGUUCCUUUAAAAGGGUCAAUCCUGCGGUACUGUAUUAUUUCAACACAUUUCAGGUCUAGGUAGUGCUUUCUAAUGAUGAGAGAUUCAUCAGAUAAUGAUGUUUCUACCUCAAUACAGCUUCUGUAUAGCUGUCGCUGAGAAGAACCAUCGCUGAAACGUUUUAUCCCCUCUCUAGGCUGUCAGACUUGAAUCCAUUAAUGUUUAAGCAGUGUUCAGUAUGUGAAUGUUUGACCCGUAGACUACUGGAUCUGACCUAGAGAAGUACUCAGGGGUGACUGAAAGAACGACUAAUACAUUAUUUACACGUGCAUUUCAUUAUGAACUACUAGAGGGGGAUGAUUAGAGAAAAAGUGAAAACCCUCCUAUAUGUUUAACGGAUUUAUCAAAUAGCACUGAUCACAUGUAUCAUUUGAGUUGUACUGAAUAAAUUGCACAGAGAUCCAUCAUA